UACCAAGAGAGUGCCUAGAAAUUUUUGUCGUUCCGUUCGCUUUUUCCAAAUUUUAUUUUAAAUAACCAGAGCCACGGCCAUCAGGAUGUCGUCCUUGGCGCCCUGUUUCAGUGUAGGAUCCUUGGUCAGGUGCAAGACCUGUUUCGGCGACAACAUCUCCGGAGAGGUGGUGGCCUUUGACUUGGGGAUCAAAAUGCUAAUCUUGAAGUGUCCGGCCAGCAAGGGCGGCGGGGAUGAGCAGAGGAUCUUCAACCAGACCAUCGUGAACCUCUCCUUGUGCAAGGACAUAGAGAUAGUCAACGAACUGAUGUCCAAGGAGAAGGUGACACUUCCAGAGCCACUUAACCUGCACUUGAUCCAGGAGCGCAUGCGUCUGGCCAUGGAAAAUAGGUCCAUUCUCUGCAGAAGCUAUGACCCCAAGGCCACUCCCCUGGCCCAGGCGCUGUUCCGCAAAAUGGCCAAGCAAUUCGGAGAUGCCAGGGUGAUCUGGGUCGACCGGAAUGAUAAUGCCGCCAUUCAGGUGAUGCGGCAGGUGACUAUCGCAGCACCCUAUCGAGCGGAGAACAUCAGCUGCUCCUCCAAACCAGUUCCGAAGCUCGUGCUGUGGAUACGUCAGAUCGUCGAUAACUUGCACAAUAAUAAAAAAUAAUAGACCGACGCCUGCGCCAUAGCAACAGAUCUCCAUAGUGUUUUGUUUAUCAACAAAACACAGACCGAAAUUAUUUUAAAUAUAUGUACAUUAUAGAAACCCCCGA